UUUGGCUGUCGGUAGGAGAAUCAGAAAGCGAGGAAUGGCUUCCAACACGCCUCUCAAGUCGAACUGCAUGUCCGGGCGUGGAGCCGAGAGACGCAUGAUGGAUGAGCGUGCGUCGUCGCCGUUCCUCAAGAGAGCUCUCACUUCACCCCCUAUCCGGAAGGGGACGCCGCAGUGCGAUCGUUUCAUUCCGAACAGGAGUGCGAUGAAUCUUGAUGUUGCGCGGUUGAACCUGAUGAUGGAAACGAAGGAGAAUUCUUCCGGUGGUUCGUUGACUGGGGCGAUGGUUGCGUCGCCAUGCGGGAAGGGUGAGGAUUACAAGAAGCAUCUGUCAGAGAAUUUGCUAAAUGAGAAUGUGGUUGGCGAGCACACGAAAAUUUUGACGUUUAAGAGUAAGGCUCCGCCGGCGGCAGCUGUGGACAUGGGAUUUGAGAACGCUGUGCUUUACUCCCAGAACGGCUUUUCGACGACGAAGUCUAGGAGGUCUUUUCGGCACAUUCCGCAGGCGCCGGAGAGGAUUUUGGAUGCACCGGAUCUCCUGGAUGACUACUAUCUUAACCUGUUGGAUUGGAGCGGGGAUAACGUAGUGGCGGUGGCGCUUGGGGCGGUUGUUUAUCUGUGGGAUGCCGGUACGGGCACGAUAGAGCAGCUGACGCAGCCCUUAGCGGCUGAUGAUUACGUCACCAGUGUGUCGUGGGCUUCGGACGGGCGGCAUAUCGCCGUCGGGCUCAACAGCACCAAUGUGCAGUUAUGGGAUGCGACGCGAUUGAAGAUGAUCAGGACUAUGGGUGGGCACAGUGCACGGGUUGGCAGUCUGGCCUGGAACGGCCACCUGCUCAGCAGCGGUGGUCGAGACAAUUCUAUCAUAAACCAUGAUGUUAGAAUUAGGGAACACCUAGUGUCUAGGUUUUGUGCGCAUGAGCAGGAGGUUUGUGGAUUGAGAUGGUCGCCUUCCGGGCAGCAGCUGGCAAGCGGCGGGAAUGAUAAUAUGUUGUACGUGUGGGAUGCGUCGGCCGUCUCGUCUGCUCAGUCCAACGCUUCCAGAUAUUUGCACCGCCUCGAUCAGCAUCUGGCGGCCGUCAAGGCUUUAGCCUGGUGUCCUUUUCAGGGCAACUUGCUGGCCUCGGGUGGCGGGACGGCAGAUCGGUGCAUCAAGUUCUGGAACACUCACACGGGCGUGUGCCUGAACAGUAUUGACACUCACUCGCAGGUCUGCGCGCUUCAGUGGUCCAGGCAUGAGAAGGAGAUCCUCAGCUCUCAUGGAUAUAGCCAAAAUCAGCUCUGCCUAUGGAAGUACCCGACUAUGGCGAAGAUGGCAGAAUUGACGGGUCAUACUGCACGAGUGCUUCACCUCGCUCAGAGUCCGGACGGGUAUUCCGUGGUCUCCGGAGCUGCCGAUGAGACGCUCCGCUUCUGGAAGGUGUUUGGAGCUCCAGAGUCGGGUAAGCGAGCCAGCAAACCCAAGGGGGAGGCCUCUGGCGUUCGUUGCAUUAACAACAUCAGGGAAAUGGGGGCCUGCAGAGUUCUCGGUCCUUCUCAUCACGAUGCGAGUUUUUGUGCGAAUCCCUCUGCUCCGUUCUUAUCUGAGGAUCAUCUCAGUGUCGCUUAUCUGUUCAAUAUCCUAUGGGCUGUGUUGGAUGGAGCUAACGCGAUUGGUCGCGUGGCCAGGUCGAGGGAGUGGGAGUGCAUGGCGGCAUUGGAGAGGCGUGCACGAAGUAAGCUGGCUCUUGAAAAAACGUUUCGAAAGGGCUAUGGCAUCAUUACCGGCGAAGUUGGCGACUGAUCCUGGCAAGCAAACUUGAGUACUAGGUGUGCAAAGGCCGCAAUGGAGAUGGGAUAGUUAACAAGUGAAUUAAUGGAUCGCCUUAGGACAAGGUUAUAAGAGAAGCUUGCUUCAGAGAGAGCAGUUUUGGCAUUUUAAUACACAGGUAUGAGGUCCUCGCUGGCUUCUCAAGGUCUGGUCUCUUGUACACACUGAUGCUUCGGAAGGUCGGCGUGUCUGAGCACGAAACAAGGAACGAAGUGGUUAUCCCCGGAGAAAGAGCAGUGUUAAAAUGCAUGACGAUAGGGAUUAAUGAAUAGGCUUGAAGUCA